GAAAUUUAGAUAAGCUUUAUGAAAUUUGAAUGAUGGAAGCUUUUGUUGUUCAUUUCUUAUAAAUAGGAAUGCAUGAAAGUUUGCUACCAAAUAAUAGUUUUGGGAGAUAUAUAGCUAUUCAUACAAAAGCCUCAUGGGGAACAAGUGCUUCAAAUAUCCAACCUCUUGCUGCAAAUGUGGUGAGUUCGAAUGGAAGUUCAAAGCACAAGGCAGACACAUGUACUACUACGACUGCUACACUGUCAUUUUCAUCAUCAAUAGUGAGCCCCUCAUCACAUGCCGUUGAGAUACUAAAGAAUGAAAAUGAAGAAAAUAAGAUGCAACAUCCAGAAUAUGCUACCUUAACCAUAAACAACCAUCUUGUUACAACCACACUGUCAUUUUUACAAUGCCCUUUAUGUUUGAUGCAACUUAUUAGGAGCAUGUAAUGUAAUGUAUGAAGUACACCUGU